AUGGAUGCUCUUACUGAUUGUCCUGGAUAUUGCAAGCUGAUUGUUGUAUGUAAAUUAUGCUCAAAAACUGUUGGAUCAAAAAGUGGGGGAACAAGUAACCUGACAAGUCAUCUAAAGCAUCAUCAUCCUUUAAAAUUUAGGGAAUUGAACACUUCAAGCAAACAAUUGACAAGAAGUACUAUACCUGCCAUUGAUGUUGAUGAUCCUUCAGCUCCAGUUGAUGCUAAGCAGAACCCAAGUGAAAGUGUGAAAAAGUGGCAAAAAACUAUGUUAGAUUUUCAACCGCUGGACAGUAAAUCGUCAAAAAAUUGCACCGAGGCUGUGGCAAAAUUUAUUGCAACAUCAAUGCAGCCAUUUGCCACAGUGGAAAAUCCGAAGUUCAUCGAAAUGGUGAGGGUUUUGAACCCAAAAUAUAAACUGCCUGGAAGAAAACACUUUUCAACUGUAGCUAUCCCGAAAUUAUAUAAUGAUACGGUAGAAAAGAUAAAGGCUAAAAUAUCUUCCAUACAGAGUUGUGAUAUCGCAAUCACUACUGACUGUUGGACAUCGAUAACCAAUACUCCUUUUCUAGCAGUGACUGCUCAUUUUAUUUCUAAUGAAUGGCAACUUCUAAGUGCGUGUUUGAACUGCAAACAUUUCAUAGAGGACCAUACAUCAGAAAAUUUAAUUGAAAUGUUAAGUAACACUUUAAAAGAUUGGAAUAUUGAUGUUAAAACAUUGCCCUCAAUAACAUCUGAUAAUGGCACUAACAUUGUUAAAGCUAUAAGAGAUCUGAAGAAUAUUUCUGUUAUGGAUGCUCUUACUGAUUGUCCAUGA